AUGGCCUCCCUGCUGACUGGACUCCGGCAGCUAGUUAUUUCUGUGGUUGUCCUGUCUCAACUCUCAGCAACGUUUCCUGCUCUGGAAAGGGCUCAGAGACAUGCCGACGGGGUAUUUAACAGUGAACUCAGCAAGAUGAAUGAAAAUGCCUAUGUGCAGAAGUUAGUCAAAUCUCUCGUGGGCCUCAAUCAAAGGUACCAGAGGCAUUCUGAUGGCAUGUUCACCAGUGAACUCAGCAAGAUGAGAGGAAACGCUCAGGUUCAGAAACUAAUCAAGUCUCUGGUGGGCUACAAGCGCAGUAGUGUCCCCGAAUCAUCUGGACUGGAGGAGCAGGUGGAAGACUCUGGCUUUAUUGAUCAUGCUGAAAAUGACUUGGGCUCCAAAGAGAAGCUCACUAAAUUAAAGGCUUUCCUGCACCACGUACAGAAUCUCAGAGGAAGCCUGUCCAAGAGUGAUGCAAGAGAAGCCACUCAGAUGAUCGGCCAAUACAUUUGCCCAGUCUCCAAACCACUGAUUGAAGAGAUGAAGGCAGAAGUGCCUGUUCUAGACUAG